AUGGCAUUUACCUUAACUACCCAAGGUGUUCUAAUCAUCAUCCUCGUCCGCGGCAGCCGCUACAUGGCCUGGAUCUAUUACCCAGUCCGUAACGAUCCAGAGUCUCGUGCCGUGACGGGCGAUCUCAAGAGCACCACCAAAAGCAAUGCGCCUCUGGAUGCCCAGUCGAUCGCCAAGCUAGCCACGAGCAUACCAGCCAUGUUCAGCCAGAAGACGACGGUGAAUUCCAGCUGCACGUGGGUCCGGCCCUCGUUUGCCGCAGCCCUGUACACGGUCGAGGAUGGCACCGGCACCGACUCUAGCACCGUUUCCGUUCUUUUCGCCCACUACACGGAUGCCUCUGCCGCCCAGGGCGCCAUGCGUCAGCAUCUCGCCAUGUUCGACGGUAACGUUGGCCUUGUGGCCAAGAAGCCGGACAGGCCGCUCGGCCAAGUGUCGAUCCAGACCGGCACCGGCGUCUUUUGGGUGCGCGACGCCAUUUGGGUCAGGGUCGAGGCGGUACUGUCUUUUGGCCCUACGCGCGCCUCCAAGACUCUUGACCCUCCUCUCAACCCUGCUGCACCGGCCAGCCCUGGUAACACCGCCGCCGGCGCCCCUGGAACUACCGCCGGCAAGACAACGACGACGACGACGCAGGCCUCGAGAUCAGAUACAGCCAAGCCAUCCGACAGCGCCCCGACCGUCUCCGUCCUGGACAAGGCCCUGGCCCUCGCCGGCGCCCUCGACACGCACCUGACCAAAUUCGCCGUGCCCGCCGCAGCCCAGCUCAAGCCCAACACGGCCGUCAAGACAUCGUCGUGGAAGGGUAAGCGUGGCGCUCAAUUCAGUUUCCAGCUGGCCGACGCCAAGGGCACGCACGCCGUCAAGCCUUGCGAGCCCGUCGCAGGCGACCGCGGCGCGCGCAACCUCGUGUCGCUGAUCCGGAAUGGUUCUGCAGAGGGCGAAUAUACGUUCCUGGCGUGUCAGGAGGGCAAGGGCAAGGUGAAUCUGCUGGUGGCGAGGGCUGAUACGCUGGCUGUGGGGGUUGCCGAGGUGACGGUGGAGGUUGUUGCUAAGUGA